UCAGGCGUCCGGUUGCAAAAGCGGGUUUGGGAAUUCCCCAGGAAAACACCUACGCGGCCGCACGGCCUUUUCUGGGCAAACUGGGCAUCGGCAAGUCGCUCACACGCACGGUGAGCAAUUUGUAGUUUUAUAAUGCCCCGGACAUGGAGGGAAUCUGAGGCUUUUGCAACAGCGCUCGCCGCUGUUGGGGAAUUCGUCCAGAAGACGCUCCAGGUGUUUCCCUAAAACAACAACGCUGUCAGACUGAACCCGUUGUAAAGAGCGCAGUUGUGUGUUUGGAAAGGCAACUUCUCGCGUUACAGCUGACGCAUUCAGAACAGUUGGUUCUCAUGGAGAUGGACGGGACGCAAGAUGAGUCGCUGGGACAGAAUGCGCGGCCUGGACCGAGCUACAUGAUGGACAAACGGGAAUCGGUGGACGCUCUCCUGGAAGACUUGUGUGAUAGCGGGCUAGACUCCUUUGGCGCAGUCGGACUCGGGUUUGAGGCUAACGUUGCCUACAUCGAGGCCGAAGCGAGAUGGGCAUCUGAACGCUCUGUGCUGGGCGAACCAUCCCCAGACGAGUCGGUAAACAAGAGCACUAUGGACUGUGUGUCAAUCGGCGGCGGAGAGAGACUGGAUUCUGCUAUUGGGGACUCGAUAAAUGAGGAUGCGGUGGUGGGGUGUCUUUCCGACGGGAUUGGUACCAUGAUCCUGAGCGAGCCCGCGGGCACAGAAGUGCUGUCGGGAUCAAAGCCCGAAGUCGAUCGGCCGCGGAGAGAAGAGAUUCUCAAUAUGAUGACAUAUCUCUCGGAAGAUGGUGACUCGGUGCUCCAUUUGGCCCUGAUUCAUGGACACUGGGACAUUGUUAAUAACAUGCUCGAAGAAAUUUCAUUGAACAGUAACUGGAUUCCUUACCUGGAUAUCCAAAAUGACCUGGGACAGACCGCUCUACAUUUAGCAGUCAUCGUAGAUAAGAGUGAGUAUGUUCGGGCACUGUUGUGUAAUGGGGCUAAUGCGGAGCUUCAGGACAGAGAGGGUAACACUACUUUACACCUGGCUGUAAGAGAGCAUCGGAAAGAGUGUGUGAGAGAGUUGACCAGCUGUUCCAGGACCCGUCCAGAGUACCUGAACAUCACCAAUUAUAAAGGUAUGAGUGCACUCCACAGGGCUGUACAGAAGGGCAAUUGUAGCAUCAUCAAAAUGCUGCUGGAUGCAGGAGCAGAUGCAAAUCAGCAGGAUCUGGGGUCAGGUCGGUCUCCAUUGCACUUGGCUGUGGAAGGUCAACGUUCAGCAGUAGUGGGGUUGUUAGUGAGUGCCGGUUCAGUGGUGAAUCAGCGCUCUUAUUCAGGUCACACCCCUCUGUAUAUUUCCCUCUACAGACCAAGCAAAGAGGUACAGGCCAUACUUAGUAAUAGUGGGGCCACAUAUACACAGGAGGAUGAGGAUGAGGAAGAGGAGGAGAACAUAGAGAGUGAUGAGGAGCUGUUUGAUGAUGUCGUCAUUAAUGGGCAGCGUCUUAUGUAGCUCUAAAAGGAGCACACUACUCUGCUGUUAGACACUUUCAACUACAGCUGACAGAUUUUGGUGUCUUGUGUAUGUGGUGUUGGAGUACUUUGUAUGUGUCUGAGCAUGUGUCAUUUGUUUUUUAAGGGUACAGUAUAUCAGUAUGCUGGUUUGUUUUCAGUGUAAUGGAGUUCUUUUAUUUAGGAAAACCUCAUCUUGUGGUGUAACAAAAACAGACUCCCUGUGUACCAAAACACCUGGUAUGACACCUAAUACCAUGUGAAUGCAUGCCAGACCAUAGAUUUGUGUGAUGACACACCAGAUGUCAGUGGUUCUCUUUAUUUUUAAAACUAAAUUAUUAGUGGGAUCUAGCAGUGGAAAUUCUGAAGAGAAACAAACGCUUUUAAUAAACAGAUUCCCUUAUUAUUUCUGCAACA